AAAUCAAAAAUAAAAUAAAACAAAAAUGAAAACAGCCUUAAUUUUAACAUUAGUAUUAUCCUCCUUAAUAGGUUUUGGAGUUUAUGUAUAUUCCAAACACUCUAAAUUUACCUUUGACGAGCCUAAUUAAGCUUACCAAAACAAACUUGGUAAUAUUGCUAAGAAAGUAAACAGCUUAAAGACUACCUGGUAGGCUGGUGAGAAUUAAAGAUGGUAAAAUAUGGACAUAGCUGGAAUUAAAGCUCAUAUGGGAGUAUUAAGAGAAUCUAAAUCAGGAAUUAAUUUAGAAAAAGUAUCCACUGUAGUUGAAAACUUACCCAAAAAUUUUGAUUCUAGAAAAUAAUGGGGUUCCAAAUGUCCUUCAUUGAAUGAAGUUAGAGAUUAAUCAACAUGCGGUUCAUGUUGGGCUUUUGCUGCUGCUGAAUCUUUAUCUGAUAGAAUAUGUAUUCAUACAGGUGAAGAUGUAAGACUUUCUACCGAAAAUCUCGUAUCUUGUUGCAGUUCAUGCGGUGAUGGCUGUAAUGGAGGAUACCCAGAAGCUGCAAUGCAAUAUUUCGUUAAAACAGGACUUGUUACUGGUGAUCUUUUUGGAGAUAACAACUUUUGUUAGGCUUAUUCUUUCCCCCCUUGUGCUCAUCAUGUAGCUUCUACUAAAUAUCCUCCUUGCAAAGGUGAAGUUCCUACUCCUGAAUGUAAAAAAAAAUGUGAUGAUGAUUCUAAAGUUAAAAGACCUUAUAAUGAAGAUCUUUAUAAAGGUUAAAAAUCAUACAGUGUAUCGUCUGAUCCUAAGGCUAUUAUGACAGAAAUUAUGAAUAAUGGACCUGUUGAAGUCGCUUUUACUGUAUAUGAAGAUUUCGUUACUUAUAAGUCAGGUGUCUAUUAACAUGUUACUGGAGAAUAAUUAGGAGGACAUGCAGUUAAAAUGAUUGGUUGGGGAGUCGAAAACGAUACUCCUUACUGGUUAAUUGUAAAUUCUUGGAAUGAAACAUGGGGUGAUUAAGGUACUUUUAAAAUUUUAAGAGGAAGCAAUGAAUGCGGUAUUGAAGAUGAAGUUGUUACUGCUCUUCCUUAAAAAAAAUAAAAAAACGAUUAAUGAAAAAUUUGAUAUUUUUUUUAAUAUUAUAUAUCUAUUUUCUAUUUUUUUUUUAUAACAAUUUUUUACUUUUUUUUUUUUU